CCAGUCAGACUUUCCAGAGGUUUUGUCAAGACGUACUACACUGUGAAACAUUUUCUUUUUACAGAAAAGUCGAACCUCCGUGGUUUCAUGUGUAAUAUAACGCCAUGUGAUGAAAGAUGAAGAAUAUGUAGCUAGAGAAGUAACGCUUAGGCAUUACGGAAAAUGACCGGUAUGUUGUAGGUGAGCAUGCCUGCAUCACGCGCUAGACUGAACGUGAACGCGCUUCAUCUUCGGGCUGCUGUUGCUAUGAUGCAAUGGCGGCGGCGCUGUGUGAGUAACAGAGUUGAAUGAGUUAUCAUUCCAAGCCGCUCGACACAUACUGGAACGGGAAUAGGAAACCAACCUCUCUUUGGAUCAACCGAAUUCGUGAGUGGAUCUGGAUUUAAACAGCGCUUAUUCAGGAAUGUGGUUAGCAGGGCUAACUAGCUAUUAGCUAACGAGCUAAUGACAGUCUGCCAGCGCAAGGCAGGGCUUUUUCCACAUCUGUCUGCAGCACUGUAGCUAACUAGCAGCUAACAAUCACCAGCCACCACCUGCCUGUUUCACUGGAGAAGCAGACAUAGGACUCAGGAGAUUGGACAGUGCUCUGUCCUUUGACGGGAGUGUCGGACAUAAUGGCUGAGAGGAAUUCUACUGGAUUACUAAUGAUGAUGUUGGAGCCGACACCGGCCAUCGCAAUGACACUCCCCGCGGAUGUUCGAGAGAAGCUGGCGGAGCUUGAGCUGGAACUCUCCGAAGGGGACAUCACACAGAAGGGCUAUGAGAAAAAGAGAAGCAAGCUGCUGGCCCCUUACAUCCCUCAGAUACAAGGUGUGGACCCAUCUCUACUGUCGUCUCAGGCUGGUCUAGGGCCGACAGGAUCCAAACACAAUAAGACCAGGGCUGCCAACACACGGGAUGAACGCUUCAGAUCUGACCUCCAUACAGAAGCAGUCCAUGCAGCCUUGGCCAAAUACAAAGAGAGGAAGAUGCCAAUGCCCUCCAAGAGACGCUCUGUUCUCGUCCAGUCUUCUGUAGAAGCAUGUACACCCCCAGACACAUCCUCAGCAUCAGAAGACGAGGGUUCACUGCGUCGUGCGGGCCGGAUGGUGUCGUCCACGCCGUACCAGAACCACCCGGCACCCAACGUAGAACAUUGGUUUAACCGAGUCAUCCAGGGCUCCUCCACCUCAUCCUCAGCAUCCUCCACCUCAUCCCAUCCCGGAGGGAGGGCUUCCGCCCAUGCUACCGCUGCCAAUGCCGCUGCCGUGCUGGCUGACCUCAUGGCACACACCCAGAUAGAUAACCACUCCACCCCCCCAGAUGUGACGGUCCUAACGGAACGCUCGCUGAAUAAAGACAGAGACAGACCCCCAGUGGCAUCGGUGAGAGGGGUCCCCAGGGGGUACAACCACUCUAGCGUCAUGGAAACUGCUGAUGGCCAGUGUCCAGGUGACGGAGCCCUCAGGGCUGCACAUGGCGUCCCAGUAAGUAGCCGAGUGUCCUCUAAGAUCCAGCAGCUUCUGAACACUUUGAAGAGGCCCAAAAGACCGCCGCUUAGAGAGUUCUUCGUGGAUGACUUUGAGGAACUUGUAGAUGUUCAACAGCCAGACCCCAACCAGCCCAAGGCAGAGGGGAACCAGAUGUCCCCGCUGGAAGGAGAACCUGUGGGGUUAAUAAGUAACUGGCCCCCCUCCCUCUUGACAUCCCUCCAACGCUGGGGUACCACUCAUUCCAAGAGCCCCUGUCUGACAGCCCUGGACAAUGCUGGGAAACCUGUCUACACUCUGACAUACGGCAAGCUGUGGACACGCAGUCAAAAACUGGCCUACACUCUGCUGAACAAACUGAGCACCAGGAACGAGCCCCUGCUACUGCCAGGAGACAGGGUUGCACUGGUGUUCCCCAACAACGACCCUGUGAUGUUUAUGGUGGCAUUCUAUGGAUGUCUGUUGGCAGAGCUGGUUCCUGUCCCCAUCGAGGUGCCCCUCACCAGAAAGGAUGCCGGUAGUCAGCAGAUUGGUUUCCUGCUGGGCAGCUGUGGAGUUACUCUGGCUCUGACCACUGAGGCCUGUCAGAAGGGCUUGCCCAAAGCCCAGACUGGGGAGGUGGUGACGUUUAAAGGCUGGCCACGGUUGCUGUGGUUCGUAACGGAUGGCAAACAUGUUGUGAAGCCACCCAAAGACUGGCACCCCACCAUCAGGGAAGCUAGCAAUGAGAUUGCCUAUAUAGAGUACAAGAGCAGUAAGGAAGGGAGUACCAUGGGAAUCACGGUGUCUUAUUCAGCCAUGCUGGCCCACUGUCAAGCUCUUUCACAGGCCUGCGCCUACACACAGGCUGAGACAAUCUGCAACGUUCUGGACUUCAAGAGAGAUGCCGGACUGUGGCACGGAGUUCUUACUAGCGUAAUGAACCGGAUGCAUGUUAUCAGCAUCCCCUACUCCUUGAUGAAGGCCAACCCUCUGUCCUGGAUUCAGAAGGUUCAUACUUACAAAGCACGGGUGGCAGUGGUGAAGUCCAGAGAUAUGCAUUGGUCCCUGCUGGCCCAGAGAGACCAGAGAGACAUCAACCUCAGCUCUCUACGGAUGCUGAUCGUAGCUGAUGGUGCCAACCCUUGGUCAAUAUCAUCAUGCGAUGCCUUCCUCAAUGUGUUCCAAGCACGUGGUCUUCGUCCUGAGGUGAUUUGUCCUUGUGCCAGCUCUGCAGAGGCUCUCACAGUUGCCAUCCGCAGGCCUCCAGAGUCGGGUGUCCCCCCACCAGGGAAGGCAGUUCUGUCUAUGAGUGGGUUGAGCCACGGUGUGAUCCGGGUCGAUACUGAUGAGAAGCUUUCUGUCCUCACAGUGCAGGAUGUGGGUCAGGUCAUGCCAGGAGCGCUGGUGUGUGUGGUCCAUGUUGAGGGGAUUCCGUAUCUUUGUCAGACGGAUGAGGUGGGAGAGAUUUGUGUGAGUUCUCGGAGCACCGGCAUCACUUACUACGGACUUCCUGGCAUGACCAAGAACAUCUUUGAGACCAUCCCAAUAACAGCAUCAGGUGCUCCCAUCAGUGACAGACCCUUCACCAGGACUUCUUUACUGGGCUUUAUUGGACCUGACAAGCUUGUGUUCAUCGUGGGUAAGAUGGAUGGACUGAUGACGGUCAGUGGGCGGAGACAUAACGCUGAUGAUGUGGUUGCCACAGCACUGGCGGUGGAGCCAAUGAAAUUUGUCUACAGGGGGAGGAUAGCUGUGUUUUCUGUCUCGGUUCUCCAUGAUGAGCGUAUCGUGGUGGUGGCAGAACAGAGACCAGAUGCUUCUGAGGAGGACAGCUUCCAGUGGAUGAGCCGAGUUCUACAGGCCAUAGACAGUAUUCACCAGGUAGGAGUUUACUGCCUAGCUCUGGUCCCUGCCAACACACUGCCCAAGGCUCCGUUGGGAGGAAUCCACAUCUCAGAGACCAAACAACGGUUCCUGGAAGGAGCUCUACACCCCUGCAACGUCCUCAUGUGCCCUCACACAUGUGUCACUAACCUGCCUAAACCACGACAGAAACAGCCAGAGGCGGGGCCGGCAUCUAUGAUUGUUGGAAACCUGGUAGCAGGGAAGAGGAUUGCUCAGGCUUGUGGAAGAGACGUGACUCAGCUAGAGGACAAUGACCAGGCACGUAAGUUCCUGUAUAUGCAGGAUGUUCUGCAGUGGAGAGCUCAGGCUACACCGGACCAUUCACUUUUUCUGGUGCUCAAUGCCAAGGGCACAGUGUCCAGCACAGCGUCCUGUCUACAGCUGCACAAGCGGGCGGAGCGUGUCGCUGUGGCGCUGAUGGAGAAAGGACGCCUCAACACAGGAGAUCACGUAGCUCUGGUCUACCCUCCAGGUAUUGACCUGAUCGCCACGUUCUAUGGAUGUCUGUAUGCUGGGUGUGUUCCCGUCACUGUCAGACCUCCGCAUCCCCAGAACCUGGCAACCACCCUUCCCACUGUCAAGAUGAUCGUAGAGGUCAGUAAGUCAGUGUGCAUCCUGACCACCCAGGCCAUAAUGAAACUAUUAAAAUCCAAGGAGGCUACAGCUGCUGUAGAUGUGAAGUCAUGGCCGUUGGUGUUGGAGACAGAUGACUUACCCAGGAAGAAAAGCUUUCAGAUGUACAAGCCUCCAACUCCAGAGAUGCUGGCCUACCUGGACUUCAGUGUUUCAACUACGGGCAUCCUGGCUGGAGUCAAGAUGUCCCAUGCUGCUACCAGUGCCUUGUGUCGCUCCAUCAAGCUACAGUGUGAGCUCUACCCCUCCCGACAGAUCGCGAUCUGUCUGGACCCCUACUGCGGCCUGGGCUUUGCUCUCUGGUGCCUUUGCAGUGUGUACUCCGGCCAUCAGUCCAUCCUGGUUCCCCCUCUCGAGUUGGAGACGAACGUGUCUCUGUGGCUGUCAGCUGUGAGUCAGUACAAAGUCCGAGUCACCUUCUGCUCCUACUCUGUCAUGGAGAUGUGCACCAAGGGCCUGGGUUCUCAGACUGAAGCUCUGCGGUUACGUAGUGUGAACCUGUCCUGUGUGAGGACCUGCAUGGUUGUGGCUGAGGAGCGUCCUCGAAUCACCCUGACGCAGUCUUUCUCCAAGAUCUUCAAGGACCUGGGUCUGUCUCCCAGAGCCGUCAGUACCACCUUCGGUUGCCGGGUCAACGUGGCCAUCUGCCUGCAGGGUACGUCAGGACCAGACCCAACCACCGUCUACCUGGACAUGAGGGCUCUGAGGCAUGACAGGGUCCGUCUGGUGGAGAGAGGAUCACCACACAGCCUCCCUCUUAUGGAAUCUGGCAAGAUUCUACCAGGGGUUAAGGUCAUCAUUGCCAACACAGAGACCAAAGGUCCCCUGGGAGACUCUCAUCUGGGAGAGGUGUGGGUGAGUAGUCCCCACAAUGCAACAGGCUACUAUACCGUGUAUGGGGAAGAGGCUCUGCACGCAGACCACUUCAACACCAAACUGAGCUUUGGAGACACGCACACAAUUUGGGCCCGGACAGGAUACCUGGGCUUCCUACGACGCACAGAGCUCACAGACGCCAGUGGAGAGCGUCAUGAUGCCCUCUAUGUGGUGGGGUCUUUGGAUGAGACUCUGGAACUAAGAGGGAUGAGGUAUCAUCCUAUCGACAUUGAGACUUCUGUCAUCCGUUCUCACAAGAGCAUCGCUGAGUGUGCUGUGUUUACAUGGACCAAUCUCCUGGUGGUGGUGGUAGAGCUGUCUGGGUCAGAGCAUGAGGCCCUGGACCUGGUUCCACUGGUAACCAACGUGGUCUUGGAGGAACACUAUCUUAUUGUGGGCGUGGUGGUGGUGGUGGACCCGGGAGUCAUUCCUAUCAACUCCAGAGGGGAGAAACAGAGAAUGCACCUACGGGACGGCUUCCUGGCUGACCAACUAGACCCCAUCUAUGUGGCCUACAAUAUGUAAACAAUAUGUAAACAGCAACAACAUGUAAACAACUGGACCCCAUCUACAUGGCCUACAACAUGUAAACAACAACUUGUAAACAACUGGACCCAUCUACGUGGUCUACAACAUGUAAACAACUGGACCUAAUCUACGUGGCCUACAGCAUGUAAACAACAACAUGUAAACAACUGGACCCCAUCUACUUAAAGUAGGAUAUAAACUGCUCAGAGAGAUCCACAACUAUGGGCAAUACAGCAAAGAAGAGGGAAAGAAAUUGUAUCAGCCUGAAACAUGAGGUUGGUGAAACUAUGCAGUCAGGCUGAAACAUGAGGAUGGUGGAACUAUGCAGUCAAGCUGAAACACAAGGAUGGUGGAACUGUGCAGUCAGGCUGAAAAAUUAGAAUGGUGAAACUAUACAGUCAAGCUGAAACAUAAGUAUGAAGGAACUAUGCAGUCAAGCUGAAACAUGGGGAUGGUGGAACUAUGCCUAUACAUCGAAACAUGAGGAUGGUGAAAGUAUGUAGUCAAGCUGAAACAUGAGGAUGGUGAAAGUAUGCAGUCAAGCUGAAACAUGAGGAUGGUGAAAGUAUGCAGUCAAGCUGAAACAUGAGGAUGGUGAAACUGCAGUCAGGCUGAAACAUGAGGAUGGUGAAACUGCAGUCAGGCUGAAACAUGAGGAUGGUGAAACUGCAGUCAGGCUGAAACAUGAGGAUGGUGAAACUGCAGUCAGGCUGAAACAUGAGGAUGGUGAAACUGCAGUCAGGCUGAAACAUGAGGAUGGUGGAAUUGUGCAGUCAGGCUGAAACAUGAGGAUGGUGGAACUAUACCGUCAGGCUAAACAUAAGGAUGGUGGUACUGUGCAGUCAGUCUGUUUCUGUCAACAGUGGUUCCAGACCAGCUGAAUUGUACUGAUGUGCCAUAAAACAUUUUGCCCAUGUUCAUGUCAUGUCAAUCCCAUGGCUUUAACAGGCUACUGUUAUAGUGGACUGACUUCAUCAGGUUAAAGACAUCACUAUGGUUGUAUCAGAGCCCAAAAUCACUGCUAUUAGAAUCUUAAAAAUUACAGAUUUCAAGUUCUUGGUCUUAGCAGUCCAUUCCACUGUGUCACACUGUCAGUAACUGAACAAUUUGAUAUUUUCACUUGUUUAUUUGCUUAAUGUAUGUAUGGACUAUGUGAUACCUUUAUACAUUUCCAAGUCAUGAAAAUGCAAUAUGAAAGAACUAGUUAUUUGAGUAGCUACAAAACCUGCAAUGUUAUCAGAUAAAGAGCAUCAUAUGACAAAGAGCAUCAUUGUAAUAUAGCAUUUGCAAAUGUUUUAAAUAAAGCCUUAACUAUUUCCAGAUGCCUGUUCCUAAAUGGUUUAACUGAGUGUGUUGAGGAUGGUCAGCUGGUCUGCUGAGAUAGAUGGCAGGUUGGAUGGAUGUCCCAAUAAUAUCUCCUGAUUCCAGGCUACCCAUUUGUCUAAAAGCAUGGGACUGUUGUGGGCCAGCGGUAAAUUAUGGGAUGGUUAUGUCCUGGGCCAGCGGUAAAUUAUGGGAUGGUUAUGUUGUGGGCUAGCAGUAAAUAAUGAGAUGGUUAUGAAGGGUUAAAAAAAAAAUGCUUGACUGAGAUCUGAUCACAGAGACAGGGUCUAAUGAUUAUUCCCAAAGAAGACUUCUCUAAGUCACCUCCCAUCCUCCUGUAUGAAACUAAGUAACCUCCCAUCAACCUUACCUGUUAUGUAAAGACUCCUCUGUGUCCUUAGAGCACAAUGUGAGUCCAGGCAGCAGUUUGCUGUAUGUUUAUACAGUGCUAGUUAUUGGUAUUGGACCCCAGCCAAAGGCUUCCUCCAUGGGGUCAUGGGGGUCAUAGUGAAGGUGUGUAAGAUUCUGAGGAUGAAACCCUGAGACUAACCACUGAUUAAUAUGCUUCUGUCUGAAAUCCACUGAAAGCCUGAGACUAACCACUAAUUAAUGUUUCUGUCUGAAGAUCGUUGAAACCCUGGGCCUACCUGCUGAUUAAUGAGACUAACCACUAAUUAAUGUUUCUGUCUGAAGACCGUUGAAACCCUGGGCCUACCUGCUGAUUAAUGUUUUUGUCUUAAGACAGCUGAACAAAAGGAAAGCGUUGUGACGUUUUGUACUGUAUUAUCACUGGGGAGUGACAACAGGAGAAUCAAGCACACUGGCUGUUCUGAUGAGUCACCCUGGAGACAGAGGACUUUCUGUCGGUUGACAUGUGGUUCAUUGUCAUUAUUUUCAUAACCUGGUUUCUUAAUAAAUACAAUGCUUUUAUCAA